CCGUGACAAUAUUGCCAGCCAGUGGGCUGACUUAGGGCUGACGGAGCGAGACCGAAUAAAAAGUGGGGAGGGAGUAGCUUUGACUGCAAUCAUUCUCUUAACAGCGUCUCUCGUCUAUCACGGAAGCUCGGAUUCUACGGAAACUCAUAAGGAUGCCCAUUUCGUUGAACAGAAUCUUCGUCACUACCGCGUGCUUGCUCGCGCUCUCCUCCUCCGUGGCUUCGGUACCUCUUGGCUCUCCGUCCUCGACUUCUUCGACAGCUUCACCAAGUCCGACUGUCCCAUAUGCCAGCGACGACCCGAACACCGAGCUGUGGAGCCCGAACUCGAACAUCGACCCUCAGCCAAUCCGAGGCUCACUUGGUUCGACGAUUCUUGGACCUCAGAACAUCCCGCUACAGCUCCAGAACCCUAGUCUCCUCGCCCCUCCUACGACUGACCAUGGAGACGUCCCUAACGCCAAGUGGCCCUUAGACCUGAGCCAUACCCGUUUGCAAACGGGAGGAUGGGCACGCCAGCAAAAUGUGAACAAUUUGCCCAUCAGCACUGAAAUGGCCGGAGUGGACAUGCGUCUCGAGGCUGGGGCAAUUCGCGAGUUACACUGGCAUACAUCGGCCGAGUGGGCCUACGUGCUGAAGGGAAGCACGCAAAUCUCAACGGUCACGUCGGAUGGUCAGAAUUAUCUAGCCACGGUGAACCAAGGAGACCUCUGGUACUUUCCGCCUGGGCAACCGCACUCCCUCCAAGCGACCGCCGAUGAUCCUGCUGGCACCGAGUUCCUUUUAGUGUUCGACAACGGAACCUUCAGCGACGAUUCUACAUUCCUUCUCACCGAUAUGAUGGCGCAUAUCCCAAAGGAAGUGAUCGCGAAGAACUUCCAGCUGCCGCAGUCUGCAUUUGACCACAUCCCCGGACAGGAGCUGUACAUCUUCCCCAGCGACCCGCCCGCGUCGAACGCCCAAGCGCCCACCGAUCCUCAAGGUCAGACCACCGAGCCAUACUCGUUCCCUCUGUCGCAGAUGAACGCGACGCAGCGUCCUGGAGGCACGGUCAAGAUUGUGGAUUCGACGAACUUCAAGGUGGCGAAGACGAUCGCAGUCGCGGAGGUCACACUGGAGCCUGGGGCAAUGCGCGAGAUCCAUUGGCACCCUACACAAGCCGAAUGGGACUACAUCAUCGAGGGAUACGCGCGUAUCACGCUCUUUGCAGCUAACUCCAAUGCGAGGACGUUCGAUUACCAGGGCGGCGACGUCGGCUAUAUCCCGCCUUCCUACGGGCACUACGUGGAGAAUACGGGCAACACGACUCUGCAUUACCUCGAGAUCCUGAAGACGGACAAGUUCCAGGACGUCAGCCUAAACCAGUGGCUUGCCUUGACUCCACCGGCCCUAGUUCAAGCGCACCUGGAUGUGUCGGAUGAGACGAUAAGUCAUUUCAGCAAGACGAAGCCAAUCAUCGUCGGGCAGUAGCCUCGUGGUCCCGGCUUGCAGCGCCCAGUGAUCGUUUGUAUUUCUUGUUGGAAAAGGAUGUCAUGACUCAGUUUCUCGAUCUAUGCCCGGUUGAUGAUGCCGUGCAAAUCCAAGAGGUUAAUCGGUCAAAGGCGCUCUGUUCGGGCAGCUCUCUUUAC